AUGUCACAAGGAGGAUACGCCGUUGUAGAUGUCGAUGAUGAGAUCAAUGACCAAGGGAAUGGUCUCGAAUUCAAGACUUUCUUACCGACCGACACUCACGCACCUCGUGCGACCUCACCAUCGCCUCCAGACGUACCUUACAGUCCAUUCAAUUUAGCAUACUACCAAACCUACUUCGAUGUGGAGACCAAUACGGUUCUCAAGCGAGUUGGAAUGGCCAUGAUUCCGCGUCCGGGUUUCAUAGCUGAAAACUGUGACGGUCAAAUUGAUCUUUACGGCCCGUUUUGGACAUUGACAACUUUGAUUUUGACACUUUACAUCACAUCGACACUGAUCAGCUCAAUCUCUCAAUACCUCGCAUCAUCCCACGCUAAUUCCAAUCUUCCAUUACUAUCAACAGCAGUGUCAGUCAUUUACUUUUACGGAUUAGGUUUACCGGCUUUAUUGUGGGGUGCUACCAAAUGGUUGGGAGUAGGAGAAUGGGGCGUAGCCGAAGCAUUGGGCUUAUAUGGUUAUUCAAUGGGAGUAUAUAUUCCUAUUAGUUUGUUGUGCCUUGUUCCAGUAGGCAUAUUGAGAUGGGUACUGGUGUUUGGAGGGGCAAGCAGUUCAGGUUACUUUUUGGUUCAAAACAUCUAUCCUGUGCUUGCUUCUGCCGACAACAAAAUGACCCGCCUCCUUAUCAUCGCUGUGAUCGCUCUACAUGGAGGUAUGGCUUUGGCCAUCAAAGUCCUUUUCUUCUCAAAUUCGACGAUUGGGCCUGAUCCAUUACCGGUAGAUCCCCUGUUCUAA